AUGUCAUCAGUUUGGUCGCUACUGGCUCGUCACGAGCAUCAUGAGAUGCCCGAUGGCGAGCAUAUUACGGGCGAGCCCCUCGACGGGAUCAUGUGGGCUCAUAUUAUCAUAAUGUCAGUGGCAUUUGGCGUGGUAUUUCCGAUAGGACUUGUUUGUGGACUGGCAAGAAACAGAUUUCAUGUUCCUAUUCAGACGACUGGAGGCGUACUGGCAUUAACAGGAUUCUUCCUAGGUCAUGCUCACAAAGGUCGACAAUUUGAAGCAGGCAAUAUUCACUCAAAAUUCGCGCCAUGGGUAUUAUUCAUGACAGCCGGUCAGGUCGCUAUAGGCGUGAUUCUCAAGCUUCAUAUUGAAAAAGGGUUUUUGGCCCACAUCAGAAGACUGCUGGUCAAGAUUCACAUGGUUGUGGCCGUACUACUACCUAUAGUCAGCUGGGUUCAAAUGGGAUUUGGAGCCAUCACUAUUCCAGGAUUCUGUCAUGCUGACCAUCUGGGUCAGUGUCUGGCACAUGGAAUCAUGGGAUCUUCUUUUAUUGCCUAUGGAUAUGUUCUUACAAUCAUGCUAUUUGUAGGAGAAGGCUGGCUAAAAAGACGAAAUAAGAGCCAGGAGUUUUUCGACAAUCUUAUCAUCACUCUGUGGGGUAUUGUUAACACAUUCACCGAGCACAGAUGGGGCCAACCGUGGUCUCAUGGCGAUUAUCAGCACACCAGUAUGGGAAUCAUCUGGUGGUGUGCCGGUAUGUUAGGAUUAUAUCUGUCAUGGGAUAGAGCCAAUAAUCGGCCUCAGAGAAACCAUAUUCCAGCUCUAGUGAUGAUCUUUACAGGUUAUGCUAUGAGCCAGCAUUCUCAGCAUUUAGAGGUGUCGACCCAAGUGCACUUUAUGUUUGGAGUUGCACUCAUGGGAGCCGGUUUAGUGCGAAUUGUCGAGGUAUCGUUUGUACUGAAGGACGCGGCUCAUAGCGGACCGGUAAUCAAGUCAUGGCAAUACCUGACCCCGUUCCUGCUGAUUCUCAGUGGCAUGCUAUUCAUGGGCGCUACUGAGGAGCAGAUGCAACUGCUGAACGAUAUUGGUAUCAUGCAUGCCAGUUAUAUCCUAGUCAUCUCAUCAGUCGCAUGCAUCCUCUUUCUACUGAUCCUGUUCCUGAUCAACCUCUAUGUCCAGCUGACCGCACACAACACAAAAUACCUGUCAGUUGCUACCAAUACCGGAGCCCCUGGCCCUGAUACCCGCCAAAGCACGGUCCCUGGUGGCAUCGAAAUGCAGCCUUUCCUGCACUCUGCUCCUCCUCACGACCCUGAAUCCGUCGACAUGGACUUCGAGCUCGCUGCCAGCGACGACGACGCCGACUCGCUCGCUCGCGAACCACAUAUUCGACACAACGUGUAA